GUGGAGCCUCCCUCCCCUCCAAGCAUCGCUUCCUCGACUUGUUGCCUCGUUUCGACUAGAAGUAAAGCUCCCGUUUUGUGGCGAAGGAAGAAGAAGGUUUCCUCACUAGGAGGGAGGCUGAAGACAGCGCCAUGAGACGGAUCAAUGCGCUCCUCUUUCAUUUACGUUGUGAAUAGCAGGAGGAAGAGAAGCGGAGUUGUUGGUUUGGAGGCGCAGGUUACGGUGGUGUUUUCUCACCAGCUCUGUUUUCUGAGGAGGUGAACCAUGGUGGAACUUGAAAAGGAGGUGCUACCGCUGCCCCCUCGGUACCGGUUCCGAGACCUUUUGCUCGGGGACUGGCAGACCGAUGACAGGGUGCAGGUAGAGUUCUAUGUGAACGAGAACACUUUCAAGGAGCGCCUCAAGCUCUUCUUCAUCAAAAACCAAAGAUCCAGUCUUCGAGUGCGAAUGUUUAAUUUUGCUCUAAAAGUGCUGAGCUGCCUCCUCUACAUCGUCAGAGUCCUGCUUGACAACCCGCAAGAGGACAGACAGGACUGUGGUAACGGAGUUAACUGCACCAAACAAAACACAUCAUCCCGUCCCUGGAGUGAGUUUGACUGGAAACUCAUCAUCUGGGUUGACAGACCUCUACCGCUCUGGGCACUACAGGUGCUUGUGGCUUUCAUCAGCUUUUCAGAAACUAUGUUGCUCGUGUAUCUCAGCUACAAGGGCAACGUUUGGGAACAAGUCCUACGUGUCCCAUUCAUUUUGGAGAUGAUCAGCACCGUUCCCUUCAUGAUCACUGUGAUUUUGCCCUCCUUGAGAAAUCUUUUCAUCCCAGUAUUUCUCAAUUGCUGGCUGGCCAAACAUGCGUUGGAGAACAUGAUAAAUGACCUCCACAGGGCGAUCCAGCGGACACACUCAGCCAUGUUCAACCAAGUUGUCAUACUUAUCAGCACACUAGUCUGUCUUAUGUUUACAUGCAUCUGCGGCAUCCAGCACCUGGAGCGCGCUGGAAACAACUUGACCCUGUUUGACUCCCUCUACUUCUGCGUGGUCACUUUCUCCACUGUGGGGUUCGGAGAUGUCACCCCACAGAUAUGGCCUUCACAGCUUCUGGUGGUCAUCAUGAUCUUUGUGGCACUUAUUGUGCUUCCCAUACAGUUUGAGCAGCUGGCCUUUCUGUGGAUGGAGCGGCAGAAAUCUGGGGGCAACUACAGCCGCUACAGGGCACAGACGGAGAAACACGUGGUGCUGUGUGUCAGUUGCCUAAAGAUCGACCUCCUCAUGGACUUCCUCAACGAGUUCUUCGCUCAUCCUCGGUUGCAGGACUACUAUGUGGUAAUCCUUUGCCCCGCUGAGAUGGACGUCCAGGUUAGGAGGGUCCUACAUGUUCCACUUUGGGCUCUGAGAGUCAUCUACCUGCAGGGGUCUGCCCUCAAAGACCAAGACCUUAUGAGAGCCAAGAUGGACGAUGCUGAGGCCUGCUUUAUCCUCAGUAACCGGUUUGAAGUGGACCGUAUUGCUGCUGAUCAUCAAACCAUCCUCCGAGCCUGGGCUGUCAAAGACUUCGCUCCAAACUGCCCUCUGUACGUUCAGAUUCUCAAGCCAGAGAACAAGUUCCACGUCAAGUUUGCAGAUCAUGUGGUGUGCGAAGAGGAAUUUAAGUACGCCAUGCUGGCUUUAAACUGUGUGUGCCCUGGCACCUCAACUCUUAUUACUCUAUUGAUUCACUCCUCAAGAGGACAAACUACACCCCAAGAGGCCUUCAAGCAACGUUCUGGAGCAUUUCAAGCCCUUAACAGGAAUGGCGGAGCGGGUUCAUCAGACCAGUGGCACCGAACCUACAGGCGCUGCUCUGCCAACGAGGUCCAUCACAUCCGUCUGGAAGAAAGUAAAUUCUUUGGAGAGUACCUAGGAAAGAGUUUCACUUUUGCCUCCUUUCAUGCACACAAAAAGUUUGGGGUCUGUUUGAUUGGGGUUCGCAGACUGGACACCACAAACAUUCUGUUGAACCCCGGGCCGUGUCACAUCAUGGGGGCUUCGGACACCUGCUUUUACAUCAACAUCUCUAAAGAAGAGAACUCUGCUUUUGUCAGGGGUCAGAGGGAACCAUCCUGGGGAGGGGCGGGAGGAAACUCAAGAGGAGUCCACCAGAGUAUCUAUCAUGGACUCACCCGCCUGCCUGUGCACAGCAUCAUAGCCAGCAUGGGCACUGUGGCCAUCGACCUGCAGGACUCCAGUGACAGCAGCCCAGAGGGCCAGGACCCGGUUGGUACAGGCCUCAGCAGUGGGAGGGGGAGCAGAAGCAGCUCCAGGGUGGAGGUGGGGGGUUCGAACACCUUGGCUCUGCCUGCCAUGGGAGAAUCAGCCGAUGACAGACGGCACAGCAUCGCGCCGGUCCUGGAGCUGGUGGAUGGAGUCAACAACCCGACCUUUGACCUUCUGGGGGAGCAGUCAGAGGAUGAAGUGGGAGAGGAAGGCAAAGAUGACGGUGAUAAAGACGAUAGCGCCCACUGGUGGGGUCGACACUGCGAGUGGGUGAAGGGAUACCCGCUGAACUCUCCAUAUAUUGGCAGCUCACCUGCACUAUGCCAUCUCCUUCAAGAAAAGAUGCCUUUCUGCUGCCUGCGCAUGGACAAGCCUUGUCCUCACAUCCCCUUUGAAGAUGCUCGCUCCUACGGCUUCAAAAACAAACUGAUCAUUGUGUCGGCGGAGAGCGCAGGAAACGGUCUGUACAACUUCAUUGUGCCUCUACGGGCUUACUACCGAACACGGAAGGAGCUCAAGCCCAUCGUACUGCUGCUGGAGAGCAUACCUGAAGCCGAUUUCCUGGAAGCCAUAUGUUGGUUCCCAAUGGUUUUCUACACAGUGGGCUCCAUUGAAAAUCUGGACAGCCUGCUGCGAUGUGGAAUCACUUUUGCCGACACUAUGGUGGUGUUUGACAAAGAAAGCUCCAUGAUUGCAGAGGAGGAUUACAUGGCUGACGCAAAAACGAUUGUUAACGUCCAGACGCUAUUCAGACUUUUUCCAGCUCUUAGUAUCAUCACUGAAUUGACACAUCCUGCAAACAUGCGCUUCAUGCAGUUCAAAGUGAAGGAUCAUUAUUCUCUGGCUCUGUCCAAACUGGAAAAGAAAGAAAGAGAGAAGGGCUCCAACCUUGUCUUUAUGUUCCGCCUACCGUUUGCUGCUGGAAAGGUGUUCAGUGUUAGUAUGCUGGACACUCUCCUCUACCAGUCCUUUGUGAAGGACUAUAUGAUCUCCAUCACCAGACUUUUGCUCGGCCUUGACUCCAUGCCUGGAUCAGGCUUCCUCUGUGCUAUGAAAAUCACAGAGGAUGACCUGUGGAUCAGAACCUACGGGAGGCUCUAUCAGAAACUAUGCUCCUCCACUGGAGACAUUCCCAUAGGCAUCUACCGUACAGAGGCCCACAAGCUUCCAGUGUCUGAGUCCCAGGUAUCCAUAACAGUUGAAGACUAUGAAGACACCAGAGAGCCCAGAGAACCCCUCCUGUCCCGCACCGGCACUCACCGUAACUCCACCUCCUCAGAGCCCAUCUCCACCUCCUCCCACACCUCGGACCACCCGCUGCUAAGGAGGAAGAGUAUGCAGUGGGCAAGGCGACUGAGCAGGAAGGGGGGUCGGGGAUCAAGUGGAGCUAAAGGGGGUCCUGGCAGCGCAGCGGAGAGGAUCAGUCAGCAAAGACUGAAUCUGUUCAGGCGCUCAGAAAGACAGGAGCUCAAUUCACUGGUGCGAACCAGGAUGAAACAUUUGGGCCUUUCUCCAACUGGAUUUAAUGGGAUGACGGAUCAAGGCAACAGAUUGUCGUACAUUCUCAUCAACCCUUCCCCAGACACGAGGCUCGACCUGAACGAUGUGGUGUACCUGAUAAGACCAGACCCCCUCUCCCUGGUGCCCAAUCAAGGAAGCAGCAGGAAGUGCAGUGCUGGACUAUCAGAGAGCCACAGGUUUGAUACGCAGGAUAGUACCCACCUGUGAAGGAGA